UCAAAAAUUAUGUCACCAUUCACCUUGUUUUGUUUGAUAUUAAUUGUUGCAUAUAAAAAUAAUUAAAAUAAGAAAUGUGACUGUAGCGGGAUUGUUUUAUGUCUGUACCGCACGUUGAGACAAAACUUGAGUAAUAACGUGUGGUUUGUGAUACUGUUGUCAACCAGUAUAUUAAAAUUAUUGUUUAUUGUUAUUAGUUAAUUAAAAAUGUAAAGAAAAUAUAUGCAAUAAACCUUUCUUAUUUUCUAUUUCACCUUUUAGACAAUAUUUAAAAAGUUAAUAAAUGAUUGUGUUUUGCAACUUCACCAGUUUAAUGUUUAAGAAUAAAAUAAUUCAUUACGGAUUAAGGAUGUAUAUUUCUAUGUGUGUUUUAGUUUAUAACUUUUUAUAAUUUAUAUCUUAAAAAUCUCUCUUAAGAAAUUAAAAUACAAUAAAUUAUUGGCUAUAAAACUCAGAAAUAACAUAUUUAUAUUUUAGAUAUAUAAACUAUUUUUUAAAAAUAAUAUAUAUAUAUAUAUUAAAAAUUAUAUUAGUAUUACUCAUUUUGUUGUUUAUAAAAUAUAAAUAUAUUAUGUAUCCCGCAGUUACACUAUUCAUUACACAAGUCGCCAUUCACAUUUUGUUUUAAACCGCUUCUUUUAGACGAACCGCACUUGUCCCGCAAUAUACGUUUUUCUAACACAAACCGCACACAAACCGCACCGCACUAGCUAAUCCGCUUGUCCCGCCCCGCUCAACCCGCUGUUACCAUUCGGAGCCUAUAUGAUCUGACAAAGAAAAUUAAAUAAUCUGACACGUAAUUUUGUUUUACUUAAAAUGUUUUUUCUUAAUCCAUCCAUUUUGAAAUGAUAUAAUCCUCUUUCAGCAAGAAUGAUUAAAACGUCAGUUUAGCAAAAUCGGAAUGAUGCAUAAUUAGAAAACUUAGCUUGACCCUGUGGCCUGUGGGCCUGUCCAAGGAUGACACGUUUAAAUCCGUAACUAAACCAACAAUUUUGAAAACCUUACUACAAAAUUGAUUUAAAAUAUAAAAGGUUUAUACUUAUACCACACUUUUUUCCUUAUAUGGAAAUAGUUUAUAGUAACAGUAAUACUUAUGGAUAAAGUUUUUGAACUAAAGUGGUUGUUUUUUUUUUUUUUGUCAACAAAGUGGUUGUUUUAUAACACUCUCAACUGAUCUUAAAUAUCGUUUAUGUCUUCAGCUGAAUCCCUACGGUAAUUUAUCAUAUAUAGGAAAAAAAAAUAGACGUGUUAUGUAUGAUACACAUUAUAGCUCUCAACUCACAAGAUUAGUGAACAUGGCAGACAACAAUCAAAUUAAUCUUCGUUGUUAUAAAUUUUCGAAAAUCGUGAGUUAAAAAAAACGCUAAAUCUUUUCUAUUUCAGUUGUCUUCACUUUUCAUUUAAAUUAAUUUUAAUUGUUUGUUUUUCUUAUCAUAAUAUUUGUGUUUAAUACUAUGUAUCUUCUGUUCAUGUAAUAAGUGUUACACUCCGACUAAAAGACUUAGUGUGGUCAAAUUUCUCUUUUCAGAUUAGCUGAUUUGAAACUGAAAGCGUGUUGCCCUAAAAGUAGUUAUCCUAGUUUUUUUUACUCGAACGUGGUGUCAUAUGUAACUACAAAUGGAAUUCAGUGUGAUUGUUCCUUCCAUACAGAAGUAGUAUAAGGGUUUAAGUGGAACAAUGCCCUAGUCCUAUAUUAGCAUUUGACUAUGUUUUGGUUAAUUGGUUUAAGACAUUUGCUAAUCUUCAUUGCCAAUGUUACUAAUAUAGUAAUGCAGGUGAAGCGAGUUUUCUUCAUUUGUGGUAUCUUUACGCUGGAUUUUGUAGAAUGCUGGUUGUUAGUAGCUAAAGAUAUUUAAAGAUAUGUUAAAAAAAAGAUAUUUAAAGAUUGGAACUUCCGAUUUAAUUUCUCUUGAAAUUGUAUUAUUAUGUGCUUCUUUUUUUGAGAAAUUAUAUUAUGCUGUUGUUGUUUUCAACUCUUUUAAUUCCACUUAUUUUAGAGUUAGAAGGAACAAGUUAAUCUUCUUAAUUCACAUUGCUUUACUUUUCUGGAACGUUGUAUCAUAAACUUCACAUAGACUUCUCUCUUAGAAUUCACAUUUCACGUUGAUGUUUUGCCUCCUAUAAGUUUGCAUUUUUAGACAUAUUAAUGCGCUUAGAUUGCGAUUUUCGUGUUCUUCUGUGUUUUCUUAUUUUUAAACAGACAGAGGAACUCUUCCCCAAAUAUCUCACGAGGAAGCGCUUUAUUUAGAAUAUAUGGUGAUAAUACUAGAGAUGGUGUAGUAACAGCUAGUCUAAGCUUUUCUUACAAUGCACAGAGCGUUUUGUAUAAUGAGUUAAAGAAAUUCAUUUGUAGCUUAAAACAGAGGAAUGCUUACCAACAACAUGUGUUAAUUAGUACUCUACAAUGAAUUAUAUUUGAAGAUAUGUUAUAUAUAUAUAUAUAUAUAACGUAAUAUACGUUGCAACAGACAUGCAUCCAAGUUUUUGUUCCGUGGCCACGACUUUUUUGAAAUCACCAGUUGUGAUUCCGUGUCCUUUUGAGUUAUUAAACAAUUUUUGAUUGAAUUAUCGAUAGACGCGUUUUGUAGGUCUGUGACGGGUUAUUAUAUUUUGAGAGAGAAUCUUUGGGGACAUGCAUCCAAGCUAUAUAGUUAAGUCGGUGACGGUGGCUCUAUCUAUGGCCGCGUAAUUAAAGGUCAGUCUCUUGUCUCCUCUGUAUUUUCCUCGACGUGCCAACUUGUCAUUAAUCAAUACAAAUAAUACAUAAACAAAUAGAAAGAUACGACUUCUGAAAUCAUUUCUGACUGUUUUUAUAAAGAAGCACAUGGAGAUCUUAGAUGUCACAACUAGUGAGGUGGGUCUCUCUUGUCCCAUGUUCUAACAUUAUUCUUUCUCUCCCUCUUAAAACUUUUCAAUUUUCAUGUUUUGAGUUUUCAAACUUUUGAAAACAAAGAACAAUGUUGUUGUUACCUUCUCUUCGUCCCUUCUUCUUCCUCUUCAUCUUGUUCUCCGCUUGUUUCUUGCAUACAAGAGCUCAAGAAGGCCAAGGUGAUAUAAGUAGUGACAAUAUCAAGGUUGACCCGAGUCUCAAGUUCGAGAACCCGAGUCUUCGUCAAGCCUACAUUGCUCUUCAAUCAUGGAAACAAGCUAUUUUCUCUGACCCUUUUAACUUCACAGCUAACUGGAAUGGCUCGGAUGUUUGCUCUUACAAUGGUGUCUACUGUGCUCCUUCCCCUUCUCGUCCGAAGACCCGAGUCGUUGCGGGUAUUGAUCUUAACCAUGCCGAUAUGGCUGGUUAUUUACCUCCUGAGCUCGGUCUUCUCACUGAUCUUGCUCUCUUCCAUCUCAACUCGAACCGGUUCUGUGGAACAGUCCCUACCACGUUUAAACGCAUGAAGCUUCUCUACGAGCUUGAUUUGAGUAACAACCGUUUUGUAGGGAAGUUCCCUAUAGUUGUCUUGUCCUUGCCUUCCCUUAAGUUCUUGGAUCUCCGUUACAACGAGUUUGAAGGUGUUAUACCGUCCAAGCUUUUCGAUAAAGAGCUUGACGCCAUAUUCUUGAACCAUAACCGGUUUCGGUUUGGGAUACCGGAAAACAUGGGAAACUCUCCGGUUUCCGCUUUGGUUCUUGCUGAUAACGAUCUUGGAGGUUGCAUACCGGGAAGUAUUGGUCUAAUGGGGAAGACCCUUAACGAGAUCAUCCUCUCUAAUGAUAACUUAACCGGUUGCUUACCACCACAGAUUGGAAAUCUUAAGAAUGUGACGGUUUUCGACGUCAGCUUUAACCGGUUAAGCGGUCCGUUACCGUCCAGCGUUGGAAACAUGAAGAGCUUGGAGCAGCUCAAUGUUGCUAACAAUAGGUUCACUGGAGUUAUCCCAAGCAGCAUUUGUCAGCUCUCAAACCUUGAGAACUUCACUUACUCUUCCAACUUCUUCACCGGUGAUGCUCCGAGAUGUGCGGCUCUUUCGGGAGACAACGUGGCGGUUAAUGGAUCGAUGAACUGUAUCGCCGGUAAAGAACGUCAAAGAUCAGCUAAAGAGUGUUCUUCUCCAGCCUCACGCCCUGUUGAUUGCAACAAAUUUGGAUGCAAUAAUAUUUUCUCUCCUCCUCCGUCUUUUAGGAUGUCGCCCACCGUCCGAGUACUUCCUCCACCACCUCCGUCUUCCAAGAUGUCGCCUACUUUUAGAGCAACACCGCCACCGCCUCCGUCUUCUAAGAUGUCGCCUACUUUUAGAGCAACACCUCCACCGCCUUCUUCUAAGAUGUCGCCUUCUGUCAAGGCCUAUCCUCCUCCCCCGCCUAAGUAUGAGCCAUCUCCGCCUCCUCCACCUUCUUCCGGAAUGUCGCCUACUGUUAGAGCAUACCCUCCACCACCACCACCAUCUCCUCCUCCGCCAUAUAUUUACUCAUCCCCACCACCACCACCACCAUCACCUCCGCCACCAUCUCCUCCUCCACCAUAUAUCUACUCAUCUCCACCACCUCCUCCACCAUCUCCAACCUACGUCUAUUCAUCUCCACCACCUCCACCUGUAGAAUACUAUCCACCCACAACGCAAAGUCCACCACCACAAUAUUGGCAAACUCCUUCACCAAGUGAACCCUAUCCAUCACCUUCACCACCUUACUAUCAAUACAACUCUCCUCCGCCACCGCCUACUUCCUACACCGUUCAAUCUCCACCGCCACCACCACCCGUUGACUGCCCACCAGUAACAAAUUCUCCCCCUCCACCACCGGUCUACUAUACACCGGUAAUACAAAGCCCGCCACCUCCACCACCGGUUUACUACACGCCGGUAACACAUAGCCCUCCACCACCACCACCAAUGUACUAUCCCCCGGUAACACAAAGUCCUCCUCCUCCACCACCGGUGUACUAUCCGCCAGUAGCAAGCCCUCCUCCACCACCGGUAUACUAUCCGCCCGUAACACAAAGUCCACCACCGCCACCACCUGUGUAUUAUCCUCCAGUAACACAAAGUCCACCACCACCUCCACCCGUGUAUUAUCCCCCGGUAACACAAAGUCCACCACCACCACCACCACCACCGGUAUAUUAUCCUCCGGUAACACAAAGUCCUCCACCGCCACCACCAGUUUACUAUCCACCAGUAACACAAAGUCCUCCACCUCCACCGCCGGUUGAGUACCAUCCUCCAGCAACUCCAAACCACUCUCGACCACCACCACCACAUAAGGGAUGCAAAGACGGUCCAAGUAACGAACAUCACUACCAAACACCAACACCACCUUCUCCACCGCCUCCAUCUUACGACGACACGCCUCUACCGCCAAUUCACGGUGUCUCUUACGCCUCUCCUCCUCCACCAUCAAUCCCAUACUACUAAGUUUAAACAAUGCAUUAACUAGUAGUCAACGCAGACGCUAGUCACAAUGAUCAAAUUCUUUUGGCUUCAUACCUAUUUGUGUGUUUUUGGUUGAUAAGAGACAUUUGAGUUAUUCUUUUUCCCCAUGAAUAUUUUGUUCUUUAUAUUUCUUGAUUAAAUAGAGAAUGGAGUAUAUAUUUUCGGUUUUAUAAUUGGUUACCCAUCAUAUAUGUAUUUUCUUCGAUAAAUGUUCAGUAUAAAUAAAAAUUCAUUUCACAAAAA